AUGGGCAAGGGGCGUGCUCGUCCCAAGCUCUGUCUAAAACGAAAGGAUAGAGGGUCCUCAAUCUAUGUUUGUUCUGCCUUCCGUAACGCAUCGGCUUGCAGCAGAGACAGGGAUUUCAUGUCCUCUCAGUUGCCUUCUCAGACCGCGGAGUCGCUGGUCAAAUACACGCGCCAAAGUCGUUGCUAUUGUCAAACUUGUCGCGUGUUGUUCGUAUAUCCUGAUUUUGUACAUGAGCAUCACCGUGUGAUAAGUGGUUUGCCAAGCUCCACACUAGCAAUGCCCUCAUACUUUCUUGAACCACUUGAAGAAUCCUCCGAACAUGCUCAAUACUACUUUUCUGAAGACUGGCUAAAGUUUAUGGCUUCCACUCUUCGCAUCCUUCGAAUUGAUAACGUCCUCUGUGUUGGUACUCCUCGGCUGUUUGAUUUCCUCACGGCUUGUAGCCAGGAUGUCAGUGAACCUCUAUCCAUAAAUAAGUUUCUCCUUGAUCUUGACGCUCGUCUGGAAGGCUUUUAUCCUGCUUCCCUAUUCACCCGCUUUAAUGCUCUCAACGGCCACUUUUUCAAAUCCGCCGGGGAGGAUUCCUUCAACAAUUUUAUGCGCUCUUGCGGUGGGCGCACUAUGAUAUUCUGCGAUCCUCCUUUCGGAGUCUUGAUGGAACCCCUUGUGGCGAGCCUGAACAAACUUAAGCGAGGACUGGAAAAUACACAGGUUUUUGUGAUGGUGACAGUUCCAUAUUUCAUCGGCAAAAAACUUCUGCAAGCUGCCCCGGAACUGAAAAUGCUCGAUUAUAAGGUGACCUACGAGAAGCACGUGCGGUUCAUGAGUACAGGAUAUGACGGAAAUAACUCGAAACGAAGAGUUUCUGUCGUUCGACCAUUCACCGAUGUACCUGCUCAUGAAAUUCUGCCCCCUAAAAGUCUCGCCGAUCAGUAUUGGUUUUGUGAGAUUUGCCAACGAUACUCAGACUUGAAAAACUUGCACUGCGACCAAUGCAACGCCUGCACGACUUUUCAUGGUGAAACAUAUCAGCACUGUAUAUCAUGUAAUGUGUGUCAUCCUCCGGGCUUCCAACACUGUGUCAAGUGUGACAUGUGCUUCCGACCAAAGAACGGCAAAAAUUUCAAUGUUACUUUCUUUGAAAUGGGUCUUCGGAGUCCCCUGAGUUUCGAGCUAGCUUGUGAACUUUUGUCAGGAAAAAUCUGGUGUUGA